GGAGGCCGGCUCCCCAUAAUUCAAAAGCUCUUACACCAAAGCCUCUUCUCAUCAACAUCUGCAAUAAUUCAACUAUAAAACCCUCCAAAAAGCAAAAAAGGGAAAAAGAUCCGACGAAAAAUCAGAAAAACCCGAAAUCUCAGCUGAAUCAAAUCAGACAAACCAGCGAAAUAUUCCGCAAAAAGAAGUAGAAAAAAGAGAAGUUUUUCAAGAAAAUGGUGUACACAUACACCCCCACAUACUACACAUCACUGCAUGAUUCCAUCACCUCCAUCUGCAAGAAUAUCCUCCCAUUCUCCUUCAGAAAGAGGCGGCUGCCGGCGAUAGCUGCGGCGGAGCAGCGGGCGGCGAAGCAGCAGUCGGAUAAUCUGAAAUGGCAGCAAGAAUCAUACCACCAGAUACUUAACUUGAUGGGACUUUGUAAAGAGGGAAUUCUUCAUGAGAAUGAGGUCUCCGCUUUCAGAACACAUCUUCUUGAGACCCUCACUGCCUCGCCCUUCGAUCACGACUACGAGCCGUCUGUCAUUAUAAGGGACAAGCUGAUCUUCUUGCAGGAGUUGCUCUAUGCCAAAUGCAUAUCAGAGGAUGAGUACCAUGCAUCAAAGAGGCCUUUGUUACAAAGGCUAGCACUUCAAGGAGCAGAGAUUGGGGCAAGAGAUGUGAUAGUUGGCGCACAGAAGGAGAUUUCAAACGAGAAGUUGUCUGUUAUUGAUGUAAAAGAAGACAAAGUGAUGUAUGGUUCAACACCAAAGAAAAUAAAAGGAGCUGCAUCUGUUUCUGGUUUUGUAUCACCAAAUAAAAAUGGAAUGUUGGACGAUAAGGGUGCAAGUGAUUCCAGCAAAAACAGUAUUAAGCCAAGAGAUCGAAAUGCAAGCACUGUUAGUCUUCCCGGGAAUCAGCUUGUGUGUUCUACAGAAAAUCCUUUCUGGAAUUGUCGUUUAAGUGAGAAAGAAAAUGAAUCCAAGUCCAUUCUCAUGAUGGAGAGUGUAGUGGAAGCACCCGCGCUGCAUGAGAAGCAAAGUGGCAGCGAGAAAGGGAAAAAGAAACCGUUCAGGGCACUCUUUCAGAGAGAUCAAAAGGAGGGACAUGGCAGCCGUGGUAAUGAACAUGGUCCAGCUCUUGAGGAGAAAGAAAACGUAAAAUCAGUGAAAAAAACAUGGGGUUUUGACGGAUUUAGGAAAUGGAAGAAAAAUGACCUGGAGGAUGAAACAACUCCACUGUCUGUUAUUGAAAAAUCAGAUGAUGCAGGUUACACAGGGGAAAUUGUGCAACACCCUGUUGGGAAGGGAUCUGACACCAAGCAAAUAAGGAAGAAGUUGCAUGCAAACUGUUCACCGGCAGAGUUCUUUAUUGAUGAGGUUUCAGGAGAGAACAUAAAGAACGAGCUAACCCGUAUCCAAAACGAACUCCACACAAAAAGCCCACACAUUCAUUUGUCAGAUGGCCGAACCGAAGAAAUCUCAACUUGGCUUCCAGCUGAUAACAAUGACCUGAAAGAGUUCUUCCCACAAUCAUGGUGUGAUCGUCAUGGCGAUGGCGUGUUAGACAUGGUUAGAAAAGAAUUCAAGGACCACGCUGAUGAGAUGGGAAGUUGUCGAGUUACAGCCAGCGAGAAAAACAACUCCAAAAGAUGGACCACAUUCGAUGAUGAAGAAAAUUCACAUCCAAAUCUCUUUGCUCCCCAAGACCACUCAUACUCCAUGAAGCAAGCGAGGCUCUCGUCCUCUAAAAAUGCUCGUACAUCCUAUAAUAACAGUAGCAUUGAUAAGGGCUUCAGAUAUAACCCUUUUUUUGAUAUGUAAAAUUUUCAAGUACAACAAGCCGAGGCCUGCAUCGGCUUUCCUUAAAGGUAAAAUUCCUCGAAGAUCAAGGGAGUGUAUUUUCUGAGGAACUGAUUGUGUAUCACGCACCAGUUAUGGAUGGUGCUACUGUAAUACUUUGAAACACUGUCUAGUUGUAGCUUGGGUUGUAUGUUCUCAAGUUAUAUAUUUGAUGAUUUUAUUCAGUUCAUCUAUGACAUCUGAUACCUUUCUGCCGAAAACCUUCACAGUCAUAAGAG